UUCACAGAUAGAUCUCUCACCCUUCAUCACCUUAUAAGCUUCUUCUCCAUCCAUUUUUAAUUUGUUUUUUAUGUCGAGUGAUCAGAUCAGUUCUUCACACUCAAUUCUCACCGGUAAACUGUUAAGGAUGAAGACGAGGUUGUUUUCAAGAAUUGAGGGUUUGGUUCUCAGGAGUAGAGACUGCUUGUUUUCCUGGGUUUCUGCGGACAUGCUUGCUUCUGCGUCUGCGAUUUUGUUCAUGUUGUUCAAGAAAACUGUCUGGUCUCUCUCCAUGUGCGUUCUUGCUCUAGGAGGUGCGACGGUAGGAAUAGUGACAGGAGCACUGAAGGGGCAAACUACAGAAACUGGGCUACUGAGAGGGGCUGCAGUUGGUUCUGUGGCAGGAGCCAUCACAGCCGUCCAAUUGUUGGAACUUAUGAUCAAUGGAGAGUCCUUCUCCAAGGUCGCUCUUGUAUGUAGUCUUGUAGAUGGAAAGGUAUUCAUGGAGUGGGUCAGCCCUGCAGUCCUCAAAGCUUAUCAAUGGCAGGUUGGUACUGUGGAUACAAGUUUGAGGGAAAUAUCAGACAUAUUUGACACCAAUCAAAGCCGAGGAUUGUCUAAUGAUACCAUACAGAAGUUGCCAAAGUACAGAUUUCAACAUUCUGCUAAAAUGUGCAGAAACUUUGAAGACAUUACCUGUGCAAUUUGUUUGCAGGAUUUUGAUGGCGGGGAGUAUGUGAGGAUGUUACCGAAUUGUAGGCAUUCCUUUCACUUACCGUGCAUAGAUGAAUGGCUAGUCCGGCAUGGAAAUUGCCCGGUUUGCCGAACGGACGUUUGAUGUACAGGGCAUGGCUAUAACAACAAUUUAACGAAGUAUCAUGUGAACACUUAAGUUUGGGGUUUAAACUUAUCACAAUUUAACAAGAUUAAAUAUUAAUGCUUGAUCUAGUUAUCUUUGUAUACUUAUAUUUUCAUAAGCAAAUCAACUUUGUAA